AAACUUUGACAGCUAACCAUUGCUAUUUUGAUAGUGAUAUAAAAUAUAUUAUUUCAAGCAUUCGAAAGGUGCAAGAAAAGAAAGAUGAAUACAUUGGAGAGGAUAUGCAUUGGGCUUCUUCUUGGUGUAUUUAUUGUAAACAUGGUGAAUUGUGGCCUGCAGUGGCCAGUUGGACCUAUUGGAUACCGUGGAGAGCCUGGUGUACAGGGUCUGAAAGGACAAAAAGGAGAAUUUGUUUAUAGGAAAGACGAAGCUGGUGAAAAGGGUGCAGUAGGAGCCUGUCCAUGUGCUCCAAACGAGAAGUAUGAAGGAAAAGUAGUUAUUGGCCAGAAAGGAAAACGUGGUCUACCAGGAAAACCAGGAAUAAACGGAGAGCCAGGACAAAAAGGAGAUGCCGGUGACGUGGGUGUAAAUGGACAAAAAGGAGAUGCUGGGUUUCCAGGACGUAGAGGACAACAGGGUAUGCCCGGAUCAGUUGGUCUACCAGGACCUCAAGGUCCAUUUGGAGAACCUGGUGAAAGUGGACAAAAAGGACAUAUAGGUCCAAUUGGCAUGCCUGGAAUGGAUGGACUAAUGGGCGAACCCGGUGAAACAGGGCUGUGUGAUACACAAGCUAUUGAAAAGCAACUGGAUAUUCUUGCAAAAACAUUGGAGGAAAUAAAGGCUAACUUAGUAAAUUAAAGAAUGAAACGGAAAAUAUCUGCGUUAUAACCACCAUGGAUUUGAUAGGAAAAAAAUUUGUAAUGUAAAUCCAAUCUUCUGCAUAAAAUCACCUUUUUGUCUGA